AUGCAGUUAUGUUCCUACCCAGGAAACUGUGACCACACAUCGGAAUUAGACUGGACCCACUCCCGCAUGCAAUCCGCCAGCUCAACUGAUCUCACCCUCCCAGACUCGAGCUUGGCGCUUGACUCCACAACCACGACGACGAAUGCAGAGAGUGGAUUCCACGAGGGAAUGACUUCUUCCACGACCUCUAUGCCACCAUCCCAACAUACGGACAUUAAACUGAGGGAUGACGCGUGGAACCAACAACACUAUCGGACAUCUUCCCAGUCAAGGUCACCCGUUCGAACCCAACCCCGUGGUGGCAUGGUAGCUGGAGCAAGCGAUCUGCCCCACAGCUACACUUGUCACACCAUUGCGAUUGAUCGACUCGAAGAGCGACGACACGACCUCUUAACCGAUGAGUGACAUACCCCAGGACUGAAUGGGCCAGCAAUGGAACCAACGGAUCGCAGUGUGAAUGGGGCCGUGGCCAAACCUGCGCCCGAACAACCGAAACAGCAGGAGGUUAUAAGAAUGCGUUCAACGCAGAUCUCUCCUGUUGGAUCCUGGACAGAAUCUAUAACUACUACGCAGGAUCCAUCCAUUUAUGGCGAGACGACUCAAACCCCGGGUCCUGUUAACAACGUCCCCGCACCGCCCUUCCUGAUGCGUGUUGGGAGGGUGGAAACACGCCCCCUUUCCUCUUUGCGGAAAUUUGAAAAAGCUGACUCAUCAGUUCGGAAGGUUAAAACCGUUGUCUCUGGUUUUUCCUCAAACGAAAUGCACGAAAAGGAGCUGAUUACCAAGGAACACAAGAGCACUAGUCCCCUUACCAUCAUCUCUAGCGUCUCCGUUUCACCCACAAUGACUAGCUACAGAGCCCCUAGUCAUGGAAAGGGAUCCCGAGAACACAAUUCCACACCUCGUUGCCAACUUGGACUCGACCCAUUUCAGGUACCAUUCAAUAAAGAAGAGCCCAGUUGGUAUCAGGAUGACCUCGAUUCGACAAGACUCUCAACUCAAGUUGAAUUAGACUCCGACUCGUCAUUACACCAGUCAAACGAAAGUUUGGUCAUCGAGAGCGAUGAUACAAUGCCUCACGACAAGGUGCCGUCAGACAAGGCCAUGAGGCCGGUCCUUGCAGCUUAUGGUGCCGAUCAAAAGUUUGUGGGAUCUGUUCGCAAGACACCAGGCGGCAGUGAAACCACACUAACCCUCACCCAGUCCCCUCCACAGACAGAACAAGACCUCUGGAAUGGCGCCGAUGUCCACAUGAACUGGCUCCCUCUAUCCAAACCACAGUUGGCAAAGUAUUCUGGGAGUUUAACCACUCAGGUCACUGAAACAUCGUUAUCUUCUGCCUCCUCCACCAGUGGUAGGGGACAUUUUAAUUUUGCAGGCGAACUGAAUGGGAAAACUGAGUCAAGUCACUUAUCUUUGGAGGCGCAAAAAGAUCAGGUUAGUGGUUACGGUCGGACAGGUGCUAAACAAAGCAACAGAUCGCCUCCGCUAGGGAUCUAUAAGAGGAGUAGAGACAUUGCCAACGGCAUCCAAAGUCCCCUAUCACCUAGCCCAACUGGGGUCAGAUCACCAUUCGGUCUAGGCCCCAAAAAAGUCCCAAGCUUACCCCAAUUCAUUGAUGAUUUGGACAACGAGGCAGGUCGAAAGUCCUCUCAACCUGUUUUGAGUUCUUCAUACAAAUGCAAUGGUGACAUUUCUCCACAGACCCAAACCAGUGCGACUGGUGGUAGUGAUUCGGCUCAGCCGCGUGACACCCCUGGACAAGUCUCAAAGAACACCGGCUCAGCGGUUGGUGGCACUGCCUUACAUCCGUCGGGGGAUGCAAACGAAACGUGUAAUGCCCCCGAUGACCUGCUGAUCGUUCCGAAAAUGGUCUCACCUGUCCAUCUCAAGAGAGAAAUGCGCCCAUCUCUUCGGAAUUCUCCAGAUGUUAUAAGACAGUUGGCUUCCCCGGAAACCUGCAAACUGUCCAAUGAUUGCGCUCCUGAGGCGUCUAGUCUUCUACGAAGGAGAAUGAAUUCAAGGCAGUCCGAAACCGAUUUACCAACCUCUUUUGGAAUUUUGCAAGGCACCUCGAACAAUACAAAAAGUAAUGUGGAGACAGUACCACUUUCAUCAGAGCGUGGUAUUUAUCAGAAUACUUGCAUUUCACCAACGCCUGUGAAUAAACCAAUUUCUCAAGUUUCCCCCUUAAAAUCAUCUCAAAAGCAGUCCCUUUCAGAGUUCACCCCACCCAAUAUAACUCCUGGAGACGAAUUUGGGGGUGCUUUAAAUACAACUACAAAGCUUUUGCGUAGUCUAUCGAGGAGGAGUAAAGUAACUACUUCUUCAUCCAAUUCUAUGCAUGCACAAGUCGAUAGCAAGAAUUCCCAGCGAAGUGGGGAUUCCUUGGGUUUCAGGGAAGAAUCGGCACUGCCUCUAGAGAGCAAAUCAGAGGGCAUUGUUAAGACGUCUGUAAAUCUGUCAUUAGUGGAGACGAAAUACGUGUCGCCGGUGGCUGGGGAGACAAAAACUGGCCAGGAGGCCGGACCGGUUGAGACAUCUACCGAAAAGCAUCACUCGUCUUUGCUUUUGUCGCAGUGUGAUGUUAGAAGGGAGGGAGGAACAGUAAAGAGCCCCUAUGAAUGCACAAAUAACCCGGAGAUGCAGGACAAAAAAUCACCAGAGUCCAAACCGGGGAGUGGGGGAGAGAAGCAAAUUUAUGCAUCGUUGAACAAAGCGGGACCACAACCCAAAACUGUGAACGAUGGGCUGGUUACGGCGAAAAGUGCUGUGUCGGCAGCUAAGAAAUCGACUCAUCCGUGUACACAGGAGACUGAAGGUCCCACAUCACUCUCUCCACAAAAGGAAUCUCAGUCUGCUGGGUUAUCAGCUAAGCGAUAUGUGCAUUCGUCUAGGAAUGUUCCAGUUAGUUCAGCAUCUUUGACUUCAACUACUGGGAACCCAGAAAUUUGUAUGAAAAAUGACACGGCGGAACUGGCAAGUCAAGAAAUUGCACCUACAAACGUGCCCCUCAGUUUCUCCAAUCCAGUUUCUUCGCAAAAACAGGGCUCUUCAAAGACAACGCCAGCCGUCGACGUCAAUACAUCUGUGCACGCUUGCCCUGAUCAAGCAGGUACACCCCUUCCUCCGUCCACUUCCUCGGGUACCCUGAAUUCGCAGCCACUCGAGGACAAUAAAAAGUCGCUGCUUCAACUGGCCAAGAAACGGGACAAAUCGAUGCCCUCAACACCGCCUGCUCCUGGCCAGCAUUUCAUCCCGAAGACGCAUCAACCGCAACAAGUACAACCUGCUGGGAACCCCAAGAAAGACGGAGAUGCGGGAGUGGAGGUUAGCAAACCCUCCCCUUCCGAAACCCUUCAUGCCCCUAGUGCUAAUCCCAGUACUACGACCGCUUCGCUCUCGAAACCAGAGAUUACAGUGACGUCUGAUCGAAACACUCAUAAUUCUGAAAGAAAGUCAACCAAAUUAACCCGUGGGCAGCACGUCACCAAGCGGCCACAGACGAUCGGCGUGUCUGGAGAUAAUGUUCCAGAAAACGGACAAGAUAUUGCUGCAUAUCACCCCGAAACGCACAAAAAUAUUCCUCCGAAUGAACACUUCAAGAUCCUCGAAGAGGUUGGAAGGGGAAAGUUUGGCAGCGUCUCACGGUGCAAGCACAUACAGACCAAUCAAACAAUGGCUGUCAAGGUCGUAAACACAUCUCGUCUUCCUCGACACCGCUCCGGCGAUAUCAUGGAAGUGGCCAUUCUUCGAGCCAUUGGCCAGCACGAGAACAUUGCCAGUCUCUUCAGUGUGUAUGAGGUGCAGCGCGUGUGCUACAUCAUCACUGAAUUUGUAGGCGGAGGCGCUCUUUAUGACCGCGUGGUAGCAGAAGACAACCUCGAUGAGAAAAUCAGCGCUUCGAUAAUUCGCCAAUUGCUAUUCGGAGUCCAGCAUAUUCAAGCCUGUUCAGUGCUGCACCUUGACCUAAAGCCGGAGAACAUCAUGAUGGUUGCACCGUCAGGCUAUCAGCUGAAGAUCAUCGAUUUCGGCUUGGCCUACUUCUACGACCCAGACAAACCCAGGCGACAGGUGGGCGGCACCUUCACCUACUCGGCCCCGGAAACAAUCAACUACGAAAAUCAGAACUUUGCGACGGACAUCUGGAGUGUCGGUGUCAUUGCUUACGAACUAUUGUCGGGUAUAACUCCGUUCGAAUGCCCUCAGUCGGGAAAUCCAGACAGAGAACUUUCUAUGGCUGAAGUGACCACAAACAUAAUUAACUGUCGGUACAACUUUGACGACGAUGGCAUCUGUGAUGCCUCGGAAAAAGCGAAGGACUUCAUCCGAAUGAUUUUGAAGAAAAAUACCAAAGACCGGCCGAGCGUAAAAGAAUGUCUGGAACACAGUUGGAUGCAGACGCCCGACGAGCUGCCAACAGUCAGACGCGCCGUCUCCUUGCGACGCCGGACAUCGGCUCUGGAAAAAUUGAGGCCAUUGGAUGCCGGCAGCCUACAAAUAAAAAGCGACGACGUAGUUUAUUGA